AUGGCAAAGAGAUGGCUGUUGCUUUGGACCUGGCUGGCACUCCUAUGUGGGUAUUGUGGAGCAAGUUCCCGUGGGAAGGAAUUUGUCACAGCCUUCCUGCAGAACUACUUGGCAAACCAACCCAAUCCCAAGUUUGAGCUGUUUAUCACCGGAUAUCAUCCCGCAACCACCGUGACAAUCACAGUGAAGAAGCCUACAUUCCAGAAAACUGUUUCGGUCAAAGAGAAAGAGACAGUGUCAGUUGUGCUCCCAACCUCUCUGGAGAUGAUGGGGUCCAACAUCUUUGAUGGGGCUGUGCGGAUCCAAGCUGAUAAAGACGUCUCAGUCUUUUCCCUCAAUUACAAGCUUGCUACAAGUGGUGCCACGGCUGUGUACCCGGUUCAGCAGCUGGGUACACUGUAUUAUGUGGUAACCCCAAUGGGGGAUGGAUCAAGUCUUUUCAAGGAAUUUGCAGUUGUAGCCUAUCAAUUUCCCACUCGAGUCACUGUUCACUUGAAUGGGGCUGUGACAUUCAAAGGGCAGUCUUAUGCUGCAGGGAGCAGGUUUGUUGCUGACCUCAAAGCCUUCCAAGCAAUCCAGCUGCAAAGUUCCGAUGAUUUAUCUGGCACUAAGAUUGAAUCAGUUGCACCCGUGGCUGUUUUGAGUGGGCACAGCUGUGCUCGGAAAUUCUCAACUUGUGACCAUGUUGUUGAACAGCUCUUGCCUGUUUCUAGCUGGGGCACCACCUUCAUAGUUCCCCCACUGUCCUUCCAAACUAAAUAUGACAUUGUGUAUGUAGUUCCAUCUCAAAAUACUUUGAUCACAUACCAAUCUGGGCCCACUCAAGUCUCCCGUCGUGCAGUGGCUGGGCAAGUCAUCCAGUUUGAAAUGAAGCCCUCUCAGCCACUUUACUUCACUGCCUAUGCAGGGAUCCAGGUCCUUUUGUUCUUCACUGGUAGCAGCAACCAGUACGAUCCAUUCCUCAUCAAUGUUCCAGCCUUAGCAAGCUACUGCACAUCAUAUCACAUUGAUGGGAUAGGGGAGUUUGAUAAUUUUGCCGUCAUCAUAGCUAAAUCCUUAGAUUCCAGUGGGGUCAUGUUAAAGAAGAGACCCCUUGCAAACACCCAGUGGAGACCAAUUCCUGGGACAGAAUAUUCUUUUGCUGAAGUCAGCUUGGGCAAAGAACCCAGUGCCCUCUCUGUAGAACAUCCCAGCACUCCUUUUGGGCUCUUCAUCCUUGGAGGUGCACAGCAGGAAGGCUAUGGCUCUGUGGCCCUUUGCUCUUGCCAAACACCAGUGCCUCUAUGCGGCUUGUUCCAGUGCAGGAAGAAGGAAAAAUGUGAGAUCAUAGAAGGCCUCCCAGUGUGUGUGGCAGAGUCUGAAGGCACCUGCUGGGCACAGGGAGAUCCUCAUUAUCUCACCUUCGACGGGAGGAAAUUUGACUUCAUGGGCACCUGUACCUACACAAUCGCCAAGACUUGCAUCCAGGAUGAGACUCUUCCUUUCUUCAGUGUUGAGGCCAAGAAUGAGAACAGGGGAAACACUCAUGUUUCUUAUGUCGGCUCUGUGACAGUCACAGUCUAUAACAUUAUCAUCUAUGUGGUCAGAAAUGAGAACGGAUUUGUGAGGGUGAACAAUCAACGGUUCCGGCUGCCCAUCUCCUUGAAUGAAGGGAAACUCCGUCUCUACCAGAGUGGGAGCUCUGUCUUCAUUGAGACCGAUUUCAGGUUGAGAGUCUCCUACGAUUGGGACAACUUUCUGGAGCUGAAGAUCUCCAGCAGCUUUUCAGAAAGUGUGUGUGGCCUUUGUGGCAACUACAAUGGAGACCCUGCUGAUGAUUUCAGCACCCCAGAAGGGUCAUUGGCUCCCAGCCCUGUGGAGUUUGGGAAGAGCUGGAAGGUGGAAGAUGGGGACAGGUUCUGCUGGGAUGACUGCCACGGGGAAUGCAAAAGCUGCUCACCACAGCUGAUUGAGCAGUAUAAAGCUGAGCCAUUCUGCGGCUGGAUCAGCAAAAAAGGAGAUGGCCCUUUCAGCAAGUGCCAUUCAGUAAUUGACCAAAACCCCUUCCUGGAGAGCUGUGUCUAUGACCUCUGCAUGAAUGAUGGCCUGAAGGAUCUGCUAUGUGAGGCACUGAAGAACUACGCAGUCACUUGCCAGGGAAAGGGAGUUGCUCUCUCUGACUGGAGGACCCCCACCGGCUGCUCUAAAUCCUGCCCUGAGAACAGCCAUUAUGAGGCCUGUGGGUCUCCAUGUCCCACUACCUGCAACGACCAAGCUAGGCUCCAGAACUGUUCCUCGUGGUCCUGCGUGGAGACUUGCCAGUGUAAGGAGGGCUUUGUGUUGGAUGGUGGGAAAUGCAUUCCCAAGGCUGCCUGCGGGUGUGUGUUUGAAGGGAAGCCCUUCUCUCCUGGUGAGCAGUUCUGGGGAGACCGCACAUGCACGAGUCUCUGUAUCUGUGAUCUGCAGAGCAAGCAAAUGAAAUGCCAGCCUGCCAGCUGCAAGGAUGGGGAACAGUGCAAAGUGGAGAACGGCAUCCAGAACUGCUACCCAACCCAGAACCUGACUGACUACGCCACCUGCUCUGCUUUUGGUGACCCCCACUACAUUACCUUUGAUGGCCUGAAGUUUGAUUUCCAGGGCACCUGCGUCUAUCAGUUCACCGGGCUGUGUGAGAAGCGGAAGGACCUGGUUGAUUUCCUGGUUCUUGUCCAAAAUGACCAUCGAGGCAGCCCGGCCGUGUCCUUCACCCGGCUUGUAGAGAUCAAGGUUUAUGGGAUAUCCAUUGUGAUCAGCAGAGACAACCCUGCAAAAGUCAUGGUGAACGGCUUGCUGACCAACCUGCCGUACAGCAUCGGAAACAACAAAAUCUCCAUGUUCCGGGUAGGGCAAGAGGCAGUGAUCCAGACUGACUUCCAGCUGACAGUCACCUUUGACUGGGAAAGCCGGAUCACUGUGACUGUGCCCAACACUUAUGCUGGUGCCCUUUGUGGUCUCUGUGGCAACUUCAAUGGCAACAAGCAAGAUGAGAUGACCAUGAAAGAUGGUAAAGUGGCUCCAAAUCCAUCAGCCUUCGGUCAGAGCUGGAAAGUGCAGGAGGUUCCAGGCUGCAGCGAAGGGAACCAGGGAGAGUGUCUUGCUCGGUUGGCCAUACAGAAACAGCAACGGCAACUCAGCAGGGAGUGUGGGCUCAUCCUAGCCAAGAGUGGCCCUUUCAGAGAGUGCCACAGCAAAGUGGAUCCAGAGGGUUACUUCCAAGAUUGCGUGACUGAUUACUGCUUCUUUGAAGGCCAACAAGUUGUGAUCUGCCAGCUCAUUGCCAGCUAUGCAGCAGCAUGCCAGGCAGCUGGGGCAACCCUCUAUCCUUGGAGAUCUGACACCUUUUGCCGUCUUUCUUGCGCUCCAAAUAGCCACUACGAGCUCUGUGCUAGAGGCUGUGCCCAGACCUGUGUUCCAGGCCCUUGUCCAGCAAAGUGCCAGGAAGGCUGUGUGUGCAACGAGGGAUUUUUGCUGAGUGGUGAUCAAUGUGUUGCCAAGUCCCAGUGUGGCUGUCUUCAUCAAGGCCACUACUACCUUGCAGGAAAGACUUUCUACCCAACAUGCCAAGAGCGUUGCAUGUGCCAAGCUGGGGGGACUGUGAAAUGUGCAAGAUUCUCCUGUGGCCCCAAUGAGGAAUGUCGGUUGUCAGAUGGCAUCCAGAAAUGUUACCCUGUUGGCAAUGCCACCUGUUCUGCUGCUGGUGACCCUCACUAUCUUUCCUUUGACGGACUGGCCUUUGACUUCCAAGGCACCUGCACUUAUACCUUGGCUAAGGCCAGCACCAAGAGACCCUUUACUGUUAAUGUGGAAAAUGAGCCCUGGGGAAAUGGGGCUGUCUCUGUUACCAAGAUGGUCUCUGUCGCAGUCUAUGGCAUUACACUCACAUUAGUGCAGAGUAAGCAGGGUCAAGUGCAGAUGAAUGGCCUGAUCUACACCCUCCCAGUAACUAUUUCUGAUGGGCGGAUCAGAGCCUAUCAGCAUGGCACUAAAGUCCUGAUACAAACUGACUUUGGUCUCAUUGUGAGCUACGACCUGGUUUACCAUGUGACGGUCACCAUCCCAAGCACUUACCAGGGCCAGACGCGUGGCCUGUGUGGGAACUACAAUGGACGGAAGGAUGAUGACUUCCUGCUCCCUGAUGGCAGGACAACCUCUGAUGCAGCUGCAUUUGGCGCUGCCUGGAAGGUCCGUAACCCUCGGGCAGUUGGAUCUUGCUCAGAUGGAUGCUCUGGGAACAGCUGUCCAGUCUGUGAGGAAAAGAAAAAGGAUGUUUUCAAGCAGCGCAACUACUGUGGGAUCCUCACUGCGUCUGACGGCCCCUUCAGUGCUUGCCACAGCACAGUGGACCCCAAUGUGUACUUCAGCAACUGCAUGUAUGACUUGUGCUUGGGCAAUGGGGACAGCCGGGCCUUGUGUCAGAAUAUCCAGAGCUACGCGUCUGUCUGUCAAGAGGCCGGGGUCUCUGUCAAGCCCUGGAGGAGUCCAUCCUUCUGUCCUCUGAGCUGUCCAGCCAACAGUCACUAUGAGAUCUGCACCACCCUCUGCUCCACCACUUGUGCCAAGAUCACAGACCCUGCACCAUGCCCAGAGACCUGUGCUGAGGGUUGCCAGUGUAAUGAUGGCUUCUUCUUUGAUGGCCUUGGCUGCGUUACUGCCCAAAACUGUGGGUGCUUAAAGAAUGGACGCUACUACAAGCCCAAUGAGAAGGUUCUGCUCACAGCAUGCCAGGAGAGCUGCCUCUGCACCCCAGGCAAGGGGGUAAUUUGUGAGGCCCACAGUUGCGCCGCCGAUGAGAACUGCGAGAUCCGAGAUGGAGUCAUGGCUUGCAUAAAUAAGGAUCCAUGUAAAGCUUUGAAGUGCCGAGAAAAGGAAACGUGCAAGCUGGAGAAUGGCAAAGCCAAAUGUGUCCCGGACUUCAUAGGAAACUGCUGGGCCUGGGGGGACCCACACUACCACACCUUUGACGAGCUGAAGUUUGAUUUCCAGGGCACCUGCUCUUACGCUAUGGCCACGUAUUGUGGGAAUGAUGAUACUCUGGUGCCUUUCACUAUAGAUGAGAAGAAUGACAACAGGGGCAACCAGGCUGUGUCUUAUGUGCGUCUGGCCAACAUCUAUGUCUACGGGUACAAGAUCUCCAUCCACAAGCAGGAGAAUGGAAGAAUCAGGCUAAAUGACAUCACUGUCAGCCUUCCAUUGACUCUUGAGGAUGGCAAAAUCAAGCUGUACCAGAGUGGCUCCAGUGCUGUCCUGCAGACAGAUUUCGGCCUCCAAGUGACGUACGACUGGAACUGGCACCUGGUGAUCACUCUCCCCAGCAGUUAUUAUGGGGCCACUUGUGGGCUGUGUGGAAACUUCAAUCAAAACCCCGGAGAUGACAUGACCUUUCUCAAUGGCACCAAGGCCCCCUCCAUCGUAAGCUGGGCCAGCAGCUGGAGAGUCAAGGACCGGGACCCCUUUUGCUGGGAUCAAUGCCGAGGGAAUUGCCCGACGUGCGACGAGAACAAGAGAGGACUGUACGGAAAUGAAGAGUACUGUGGGGUGGUCAGCAAAACCUCAGGGGGGCCCUUCAGAAAAUGCCACGCCAAAGUGAAUCCAGAAGAGUUCUUUGAUAGCUGCAUCUAUGACGUGUGUCUCAAUGGAGGGGCCAAGAACAUCCUCUGCCAGGCCUUGGAGGCCUAUGCGAAAACCUGCAGGAAAGCUGGUGCCGUCAUAUAUGACUGGAGGACUGCAUCUGGCUGUGCCUUGCCGUGCCCUGAGAACAGCCACUACGAGUUCUGUGGAAAUGCCUGCCCAGCCAGUUGCGCUGACCGCACGGCUCCCUCUGCCUGCAAAGAGCCAUGCGUUGAAACCUGCCAGUGCAACGAUGGCCAUGUCCUCAGUGCUGACAAGUGUGUGCCCAUAGGCAGCUGUGGCUGCACCUACAAUGGUUUCUACUACAAACCCGGGGAGGAAUUCUGGGCCGAUGAGACCUGUGGUUCCCGCUGCAUGUGUGAUUCCACCCUGGGGAUAGUGGUGUGCAAACCAGCGGGCUGCAAAGUCAGUGAGAGGUGCACUGUGGUCAAUGGAAUCCAGGGCUGUCAUCCCAUUGGCUCUGCUACUUGCUCAGCAUCCGGGGACCCUCACUAUAUCACCUUUGAUGGGAAGAAAUAUGACUUCAUGGGCACAUGUGUCUACCAGUUGGCUGGUGUGUGCUCUGAUGACCCGACUCUGAGGCCUUUCACUGUCAAUGUGGAGAACAACAACCGAGGCAACAAAGAGGUGUCCUACACCAAAGUGGUGACACUGGAGGUCUACGAUGUUACCAUUGUGCUAAGCCAGGAGCAUCCGCGUAAGAUCCAGGUUAAUGAAGUCUUUGUGAACCUGCCUUUCUACCAUGAAGACAAGAUAAAGGCUUUUAUCAGCGGAAAUGAGGGUUUGAUGAAGACUGACUUUGGCCUGACAGUAACCUUUGACUGGAACAGCUACGUCAAAGUAAUUGUACCCAGUACAUACGCCAAUGCAGUCUGUGGCCUCUGUGGCAACAACAACUUGGACCCCAAGGAUGACUUGAUAAUGAAGGACGGGAGACAAGCAUCCAGCAUAUCCCAAUUUGCAGAGAGCUGGAAGGUGGCAGAGGUCCCUGGUUGCUCAAAGGGUUGCACCACCGAUUGUCCACCAUGUGACGAGGCACAGAAGCAAACCUAUAAGGGUGACCAAUACUGUGGAAUCCUCAUUAAAAAGGAUGGGCCGUUCAGGCCAUGCCAUGAGAGCAUUGACCCAACACCCUACUUCAACGAUUGCAUCUUUGACGUCUGCCAGUACCGUGGCCUGCAUGUCACUCUCUGCAAUGCCAUCAGCAUUUACGUGGCAGCCUGCCAGGCUCUGGAGGCUGAGAUUGAACAAUGGAGAUUGGACUCUUUCUGCAGCCCUGCCUGCUCACUCAACUCUCAAUAUGAGCUCUGUGGAAAUGGCUGCCCUGCCACUUGCCGUGGCCUCUCCGCUCCGGAUUGGUGUGAGAUGUCCUGCAAAGAAGGAUGCUAUUGCAAUCCUGGGUUUGUCCUGAGUGGGGACCAGUGUGUCCCUGUUGGCAAUUGUGGCUGUGUGCACCAGGGCAAGUACUACAAGAAGGGAGAGGAUUUCUACCCUGGUUCAGCUUGUGAGGACCGAUGCUCCUGUACAGACAACGGAGUCGUCAAAUGCCAGAAAAUCUCUUGUGGGCCCAACGAGGAAUGCAAGCUGAAGGAUGGCAUCCAAGGCUGCCACCCUGUCGGGAGUGGCAAAUGCAGUUUGGCUGCAGGCUCCCACUACUUGACUUUUGAUGGACGGGCCUAUAACUUCCAUGGAACCUGCAGUUACACUUUAGCUAAAGUCCAAGGUCAGGAUCCUCAGCUGGCAAACUUCUUGGUUUUGGUGGAGAACGAAAGGUCCCUGACCAAGAUGGCUGUGGUCUCUUUUCAUGGAUACACUGCUGUCAUUGAGAGGGCCAUGAAGUGGAAGAUCAAGUUGGAUGGAGAGCUCUACACUCUGCCAAUGAGGACAACUGAUGGGAAACUCUCGGCCAACCAGGAGGGCAACAGUAUAAUUGUCCAGUCUGACUUUGGUCUCAAAGUCCUUUUUGAUGCCUCCUCGUACGUCUUUGUGUCUGUCCCCAGCACCUAUCAAGGACAUGUCAACGGCCUAUGUGGCAAUUUCAAUAAUGACAGGACUGAUGACUUUACUCUACCCAGUGGGAAAAGCACCCAGAAUGUGGAUGAAUUUGGGGCCUCUUGGAAAGUUCCCACUGAUGGUGCCAGUUGCUCCAAUGGUUGUGGGGAUCAAUGUCCCAUUUGUGAUGCCGCCAAGACAGCGCCGUACCGACCUGAGAGUUCCUGUGGAAUGAUCCAAGCCAAAUCAGGCCCAUUCAAAGACUGUCAUUCUUUGGUGGGCCCUGCUGAAUACUUCAACCACUGUCUGUAUGACAUGUGUGCAGCCAAUGGUGCAGCAGAAACCCUCUGUCAGAGCAUCCAGGCUUAUGUAGCUGCGUGCCAAGCUGCAGGAGUUACCAUUGGAGCUUGGAGAACAAACACGUUCUGCCCUCUCGCCUGCCCCUCCAACAGCCACUACGAGUUGUGUACAAGGACCUGUGACUACACCUGCACCAGCUUAUCCACUCCAGGCCAAUGCACAAAAAAAUGCUUUGAAGGCUGCCAGUGUGACAGCGACUAUCUGUUUGAUGGUGGGAGAUGUGUGGCAAUGGAGAACUGUGGCUGCAUGCAUGACGGGCGCUACAUCACAGCUAGAGAGAAUAUUGUCUUAGGAGGCUGCUUGAAACAGUGCACCUGUCGUCCAUCAGGCCAGCUGGUCUGUGCGGAAACCAGCUGCCAGGAAGGGGAGGUUUGCACCCUCCAGAAUGGUGUGCGUGGUUGCAUGAGGCAGAACGGCGAGUGCAUCCUCACCCCUGGAGCACGCUUGACCUCCUUUGAUGGUGCCUCCGGGAAAAUUCCAAACAAAGGGGCUUACGAAGUCACUUCCUUGUGCAAUGAAAAUGACCCCUUUUGGUUCAGGAUUGUAGCAGUUGUCCAGGAACACAAGGACUGGGAUCUGCCAGCUGUGGCAAUGGUACAUGCAUAUUUCCAAGGGAUGUUUGCCAUCACUGUAAACACAAACAAGGAGACACGGGUUAAUGGGCGCCGAAUCACACUCCCAGCAAAGAUCUCUGAACAUGUGUCUAUGAGCGUCUCUGAGGAUGGGGUUGUGAUUAAUUUCACCUCUGAAUUAAAAGUUAUCCUCGGACCCCGUGGGGAAAUGAAGGUGGAUGUCAGCAAAAGCCUGGCAGGAAAACUCUGUGCCUCCUGUGGAAACUUCAAUGGAAAUGCUGCUGAUGACCUGAAGCUACGCGAUGGGAAGGUAGCAGGGAGCAUGACUGAGGUCAUUGAUGCCUGGAAAGCCACGGACUUUCCUGGCAGUGAGAAGUAAAAGCCUUUUGACCAAAGUGGACCCCUACUUCUGCUGCUUCACCAUUGGAGGCAACUCUUCGCAUCUGAGCUCUGGAGCAAACGUCUGUGUCAAGUAUCCCCUGGCUUUACAUUUUUAUGUUAUUUGAUCUGCUAUCAAGGUUGCUCUGACUGCCAAAUAAAAUGAUGACACUUU